CCUCUGUGUGUUGUUCAGUGUGAGGCAAUAUGAUAUUAGCAUGCUAGUGCUAAAGCGGCUAGUGGGUCAAGCUAACAGCUGAUGGCUAGUCAGAGUCACUAGCUAAAGUGGCGCUUAUUAAUUUUCUCUAAAACUUCAUGGCACCAGACAAAACCCCUGAAGGAUAAUGACAAUAACUCGGAGUUCAGUCUCUCUGAAUCACUUGUAGAUUAUUUGAUUAUUUCAGUGGUUGUGUAUGCGUAGCGCAGUUCGCUAGCUAGCGAAGAUUAGCCGCUGAUGCUAACUUGGGGAACUUUGACAGUCUGGCUAAUGACAGCGGUGAUGUUUAUCAGAAAUCUUUUAACAACUUUUAUAUUUAGUAAAUAAUCUUACCAAGAGAAUAUUUAUAGGAAAAUAAUCAGUGUGGUGUUGUGUGGUGGUGGUGUGUGUUUUUUAAAGCCAAGUAGUAUUAGUUUAGUAUUUAUGUGUUCAGUGUUUACGUUAAAGCUCAUUAGCGGGAAUAAAGUGUUAAUAUUGAGGAUAUUAUCAUGUUAUAGUUGAUUUAUAAAGGUGUGUAUUGGUCAGUUAUAUGAUGAUGAUCAGGGUUAUGUUAAAGGUUUAAUGAUUAGAACACAGUCGGUCAGUGUUUCUGCUGUGAAGCUGUAAGAAUAUGAGAGAAUUUUUGGCGAUAAUUCUAAAACGUCCUUCACUUUAAAUCCCUAUUUAUUUCCCAAAAACUCGGAUAUGAUCUUUAUAAAAAUGAGAAUUAGAGCUCUUCUAACUGUGGACAUGAGCAGUGUACCACUUCAUGUUUAACGACCAGAAGCUCGUUGAUAAAUGCGUUUCUCUGACCUCUCCCUCCUGCUGUUCGGAUAUUUCUUGUUUUUGUUCAAUUAGAUGUGUGUUAUUUUGGGAUAAAGCCUCUCAGGGUGUGCUGUGUGCUGUACUUUCUGUGCUUGGGUUCUGCACAUGAUGUGAUGACGAGGUGAAAAUGGCGGAUCUUUCGAAAUCCAACCCCGGGCCUGGAAUAGAACAGCGGAGCGCACUGACCCACUCACUUUCCGGGAUUGUUUACUGCCCUUUACUGUCCAUUACCCACCAUGUACAUGACUGUUUAUUACACUGGAACAGUGUAGAUGAUUAGAGUGAAGGUGAUGGGUGUGUACACUGUGCAGUACUGUGUGGAUAAAGGCGUGAAGUUCAGUCGGAUUAUCCGCUCAGAGGCCUGGAAUGACUGAGUGUGUGUGAAAGCAUGGACGUGGUGUCUCCUGACCUGAACAGCAUCCUCCCAGAUGAGAUCAUGGACACCGAGGCCAUGGCCAUGGAGGAGGACCCCCCUGCAGAGACCCCGGCUCCGUCCUCCCACUUGGCCCCUGAGCCGACUCAGGUUCCUAUGGAAACAGAGGUGCCUGAAAUCGUCAGCUUGUGUCCUGCUACCACACCGACACAGAAGACGGAAGCUCUGACCACCCUGACUGCGACAGACUCCACACUGUGCAGUAUCACCGCCAGCACUCAGCUCGUCGUCACCUCUUCUUCUUCCGCUGGCCCCAAGAUGGCCACUGGUACCGCCACCCUGACCACCACGCAGCCCAGCAGUCCGGUGGUGGGUCAGAGUGUCGCUAAACUCUCGGCCCCUUUCACGCCGACCAGCCCAGCCAACCACCAGCUCAUCAUCAACAAAGUGGCGGCGGACGGCAAGUCUCCCUCUACUGUGGCGCUCAAACAGGAAAGGCAGAAACUCCUGGUCACAGGUCUGAGUAAAUUGGGGCAGCCGAUUGUCCUGGCACUGCCCAACACAUGGAGCAAACCGGCCACGUCUCAGGGUACGGGGGGUGACGUGAAGUCUCAGCCCACGCAGUUCAAAGUGGUAUCUGCUGGGACGAAGCCUGUGAUUGGAGUGCAAGCUGUGAGCUCGGCCAAUCAGCUGCUGGGAUCCUCCUCACCUCUACAGGCCCAGCAGCUCAAAACUGUACAGAUUACAAAAAAGCCCCCGGUCUCCACAGCAGGGCCCAUGAUCACUAAGCUGAUCAUCACGAAAGCCCUGAACAACAAGGGUCUGACCAGUCAAGCCACCGUCACUCCUGUGGUCACAGGACGGGUUCUGACCCAGAGCACACCACUGACCCCUCCACGCACCAUCACCAUCGGAGAGACCAUCAGCACCACACCACAGAGUCUCUCCUCCAGCAGCAACAGCAGCAAAGUGGCCAUUUCUCCUCUUAAAUCUCCCAGCAAGGUCACUGUGGCUGCUCAGCCUCCUAACUCUCCUCAGAAACCCGUGGCCGUGCCUCUGAACGUGGCUCUGGGUCAGCAGAUCCUCACCGUGCAGCAGACGCCUUCUACUUCACCAGCGAAACCAGGAAGCAGUCAGUCCACUACCCAGACAGUGAAGCCAGUGCAAGCUGUGACAGUGGGCGGAGUCAACACACCUCAAUUUAAGACCAUCAUCCCCUUGGCCACACCCCCCAACGUUCAGCAGAUCCAGGUACCCGGGAGCCGCUUUCAUUACGUACGCCUGGUUACAGCCACCACCGGGAACACGGCCCAGACGGCCAACACCAGCACCACCACCAACCCCACCACCAUCCAGCCUGCCAAGCCCAUGGUGAUGAACACUGCUGCAGUGAGGAUGUCUGUUCCCCUUGUUUCAGCUCAGACAGUCAAGCAGGUGGUGCCCAAGCCGAUGACCUCAGCAGCUCAGGUGGUGAGCAGCAGCCAGACGCAGCAGCGGCUCAUCAUGCCGGCCGCUCCGCUCCCUCAGAUCCAGCCCAACCUCACCAACCUGCCCCCCGGCACCGUGCUCGCUCCGGCUGCGGGCUCGGGGAACAUGGGCUACGCUGUGCUGCCAGCGCAGUACGUCACACAGCUCCAGCAGUCGACGUUUGUGACUUUGGCGGGCAGCUCGGGUUUCUCCGCCCCCAGCUCCAUCCAGACUCAGGCCAGACUUCCUCUGAAUGGUUUAUCUCCAGUAGAGACGACGUCCAGACCACGAAAGCCUUGCAACUGCACCAAGUCACAGUGCCUGAAACUAUAUUGUGACUGCUUUGCAAAUGGAGAAUUUUGUAACAACUGCAACUGUGUUAACUGCUUCAACAACCUUGACCACGAGAGCGAUCGCCUUAAAGCCAUUAAGGCUUGUUUGGACAGAAACCCGGUGGCCUUCAAGCCGAAGAUCGGGAAAGGGAAAGAAGGAGAAUCGGAGAGGAGACACAGUAAAGGCUGCAACUGUAAAAAGUCAGGGUGUUUAAAAAAUUACUGCGAGUGUUACGAGGCGAAGAUCAUGUGCUCCUCGAUCUGUAAGUGUGUGGGCUGUAAGAACUUUGAGGAGAGUCCUGAGAGGAAGACUCUGAUGCACUUGGCCGAUGCAGCGGAGGUGCGAGUGCAGCAGCAGACUGCAGCUAAAACCAAACUGUCCUCUCAGAUCUCAGACCUGCUGACCAGAACCACACCGGCCAUCAGCAGCGGCGGCGGGAAGUUGCCGUACACGUUCGUAACAAAGGAGGUUGCCGAGGCGACAUGUGAUUGUCUCUUGGAGCAGGCGAGGAAGGCGGAGCAUUAUAACCAGCCUCAGGUGAUGGCAGAGAGACUGAUCUUGGAGGAGUUUGGUCACUGUCUGCGCAGAAUCAUCAGCUCUGCUGCUAAAGCCAAAUCAGACUGCUCCAUCAACUGCUAGAACCUCACACACUGUGGUGCUGCCAUGGGCUUCAGUGAGGAACUCAUCCUGAACACUUCCUGUAACACACAGCGGGAUUUCUGCGUGACAGUUUGUGCUUUUGUACAGAGUGAGAUUUCUAUUAGCUGAUUGUGUGUGUGUGUGUGUGUGUGUGUGUGUGUGUGUGUGUGUGUGUGGGCAGAGCUAAAGUGGACACAGAGAGACAAACUGCAUGUUGAGAACUGCAGUGGCUGACAGCUUCUUCUGCAUCACUCUGGUGUGUGUGUUUGUGCUUGUACAGGUCACUUGUGUGUGUGGGGGGGGUGAUUUUAGAGUCAUUUUUAUGCUUGUUAGCCUUCUCAUUUUAAACCCACAAUCAUAUGUUAUUUUUUUCUCUCUUUUUUUUUUCCCGAACAUGGCUUUAUUCAGUGCCGUUCUUCUCCGUCUCCUCUUACUGUUUAUUUACCACUAAUAACCUCAGCUGAAUAAUCAUGACUUUAUAUGACUAUACAGUAUACAGUGAGUAGCCUUUACUGUAGCUUCUUCACAAUGCAUCAGUAUUUAUUUACAGAAGGUCCUGAGAGGACGUGGACUCUGAGUCUCUCUCACUCGUGUCUGCUCUGUACAAUCGAGUUCCUACUGAUGUGAAGGAAGGUUGAAGCAUUAUUACUAAACCCUGUUCAUCUCUUUCA